AUGAAUGAAUCAGUUACUACUAUUCAAUUGUCACGUCACUCUGUACAUGAAUUCAAUUAUUUGAUAUCGUGGAUCAUGGCAUCAAACUCAUCGACUUGCCUUCGACCACUUGAUCGCAAUGAAACAGCUUGUCUUCAAAAAGGUUACAAACCUAUUCGUCUUGUCUACACUGAACAACCCCUAACUGCGCGUAUACUUAUCGAUGGUUCGAAAACACUACCAAUUGAUGAUCUCAUUCGUGAAUUUUUCUCAUUACAUCGAAUGCUAUUAUCGAAAACCAACAUUGAUGACAUUGAUAUCUGUCUUAUUCCACAUUGUGAUAUUCGUGAAAUAACUUUAAAUCAAUUAACGAAACUCAACGGUCAUCAAGAACCAGUUUUGCUUUUAACUGCACGUUCGAAUAGUGAAUAUUUACUUGUUCGUGAUCUCGAAGAACUAACAUUUCGUCAACAGACUGGCUUAAAUGUUGAUAUAUCUGUUCUAAAUGACAUUAAACAAGAAAAUGAACGUUUACGCGAAGAAAAUCAGUUACAACAAGAACGUAUUGUUGAAUUAGAAAAACAGCUAACUGACUUUAUUGUUAUUCGUGAUGAAAUGAGACAACUGUGUAAAGAAUAUAAGAAAGAUUUGAAAAGAACUGAAGAUAGAACCGAGGAGAUUUACAAGAAAUUUGAUUGUCUAGAUCAAAAACUUAGUAAACAAUUCUCCAAUGAACAAACUGUUCAAUUUCAUUGUUUUUCUAAUCAAAUAAAUCUUUAUUUGUCGAUACUGUGUAUAUCGAUAGUUGAGAAUUCACUCGAGAUGCCGUUCAAUCACAAUUGUUAUCUGUUAACCUUGAUCAAGAUGAAACUGACUUGUUGUUAUUCAAUCUAA